AUGGGGUUUCAGUUCACCAGCUUAAAUAAUGGGGUUUCGGGUCGUUCGGGAGGUUUGGUUAGCAUAUGGGAUCCUAAUUUGUUCCGGGCUCAGGGGAUGUCAAAGGAUAGAAACUUUCUUCAUAUUUGGGGUCAAUUGGUGGGUUCCAACCUGAUCAUUAACAUAAUCAAUGUCUAUGCUCCUCAGCGGGUGUCGGAUAAAAAAGUUUUAUGGUCAGCUUUAUCGGAAGUAAUCAACUCGGGGAACGGUAUGUGGGUUUUAUUGGGAGAUUUUCACGCUGUGAGAAGUCGGGAGGAAAGAAAAAAGUCUCGUUUUAACAGCGCGUGUGCCAAGGAAUUUAAUGAAUUCAUUGACAGGAGUGAUCUUAUCGAAUAUAACAUGAAAGGUAGGAGCUUUACCUUCAUGGCUCCUAAUUCAAACAAAAUCAGUAAGAUUGACAGGAUAUUGGUGUGUAAAUUUUUUUUCGACAAAUGGCCUGAUGCUUGUUUGAGAGCUCUUCCUAGAAUUCAUGCGGAUCAUAGCUCGGUUGUUUUGAUUUUUAGCAAAGAAAAAUUUGGAGUUAAGCCUUUCGGGUUUUUUAACUCUUGGCUUGAGAGGGACGAUAUUGAAGAGGUGGUGGAAAACACGGUUAAUUCUUUUGACAUUGUGGCAGACCGGCCCGAUGUUAGGCUGAUUUUGAAAUUAAGAUUCAUUAGAGACAAGAUAAAAGAUUGGAGGAAAGAUCUGAUGAAUAAAGAGAAGGAAGAUAUGGUUAGAGAUAAGGAAGAAUUGGACGCAUUGGACAGGUUAUGUGAGGAAAGGGACCUUAGCGAAGAGGAAGAGUGGAUUAAAGAGGAAUGCAUUGAGAAUAUCAAGGAACGUGAAUGGUGGGCGAUCAUGGAUUCAAAACAAAAGUCUCGAUGUAAGUGGGCGGUUGAUGGUGACGAAAACUCAAGUUUUUUCCACAGAUUAUGUAAUAAUAGGAAGAAGAACGGUAUUCCAGGGCUCAUGAUAGGGGGCUCGUGGGUCUCGAAACCGGAAAUGGUUAAAAGGGAGAUUCUGAACUUUUUUAGGAACCACUUUGGGGAAUCGAUGGGUAUUAGACUAUAA